AUGACAGGAGGGAGCGGCUUCAUCGCGUCGCACGUCCUCAGAAUUCUCUUGGAUCGCGGUCACUCUGUCAUAACCACUGUGCGAUCCCAGGCAAAGGCAGACCACAUCAAGAGUACUUAUUUUGAUGUUCCUUCAUCCCGACUCGACUUGGCCAUCGUUGAAGAUAUUUCUGUUGAGAAUGCAUACGAUGAAGUGAUGAAGUCGGCUCCCUUUGAGGCUGUCAUUCACACAGCAUCGCCUUUCCAGCUCUCGGGCGACGACAUCAAGAAGACCUUUCUGGACCCAGCCAUAUUGGGUACCACUGGGCUGCUUGAAGCUGUCAAGGCUUAUGCGCCAACGGUCAAGCGCGUUACCCAACCUACGUCCAUUCUGCGAAAGACUGGGUCGAAGUCUCGGAAGAAAAAGCCUAGUCAAAUCCAUGGGACGGCUACGUUGGUAUAUGCCGAGAAGGCGGCGUGGGAUUUUGUAAAGAGGGAAAACCCACAAUUUACCAUCACAACAAUUCUCCCUGCUUUCGUCCUCGGUCCAAUCAUCCAUGACGUUGGCUCACUCGAUACUAUCAUGACUUCGGGCCUACUGAUCCGCGAUUUCUUAUCUGGUAAUUACAAAGAAGAGAUCGCACCGAGCCCGAUUGGUCGUUUUACCGAUGUCAGAGAUGCAGCUUUGGCGCACGUCAGAGCCAUUGAAGUCAGAGAAGCCGGCAGACAACGGUUCUUGGUUGGCAGUGGCACAUACUCCAACAGACAAGUGGCUACUAUCUUAUGGAAGAAUUUUCCAGCUCUUCGAUCCAAGCUCCCGGGGCCAGAGGUCAGGUCUGGUGAUUUCCCAGUUGGAGGAGUGCCCGAUUUCGAUGUUGAGCCGUCCAAGAAGAUAUUGUGUAUGGUGUAUGCAACUCUCGAGGAUACUAUCGUUAGCAUGACUGGUUCUAUGGUUGGGCUUUACAAAGAGUGA